AUGGCUGGCGAUCGGGCCCAGGCUAUGACGGCCAGAGCUCUGGAAAACCUCUCCAACGUCCCGGAUUUAGAGGAAUCGUUGGCCGGCGGUUCUGCUCUUGCGUAUGGUGGCCCUGUCCCGCGAGUGCCCAGCCGCGGUAAGAGAACUGCUGUUGCAGGAGGAAGAGCAGGAGCAGGAGGAAGAGGGGCUGGGGGAAUUCUACCUCUCUCAGGACCGUCAUCGUGUAGAGGAGGAGGGCCCUCCAUCCCUCCAACACAAAGGAGCGCCGCAACAAUGUCCUUGCCAGAAGCAUCAACAGCGGGUGCCCCGAGAUCAUCGUCAAUUCCGGGUAGAGACCGCGCUGCUCCUGCCCCCGCCCGGCCGCGACCGCCUCCGAAACGCGGGCCCGUCGUGCUGCUCCAGGGAGUCCGGGCGGAGGCAGCGAAGAAGGCCCUCGCGCUAAAUCUCAAGCUCCAGACAGCUCUGCGGAAGGAGCUCAGUGUCGUGGACGAGUUCUUGCAACGAAACAAAGAGAUUCUGAAGGCCGCCGAGGAGCGGCUGUCCUCUCGGAGGUGCAUGGGCAUCACCACCAGCACCGAGAAGUUCAGGUGGUCCAAGGCCGUCAGCAAGUUCCUCUCGGUCAACGGACACCCGGGGAAGCUUGGCCUCCACAAGGAACAGGAGACCAUGCUCCGCAGCGAUCCCAUCCCAUGGCAGAGCCGGGAUAUCAAGGCCCUGCUGGACCACAUUUCCGCGGAGUAUCCCGAGGCGGUCAGCCCCGUCACCGCCGAAGAGGCCCUCCGCAAGAUCGACUGGGAGAAGGCGGCCCGCUCGGUUGACCAGACCACACAUCGAAGCAUCAAGCGGCAGCGGUUGCGCCGCGUCCGCACGGCCGAGGAGUGCCGCGUGAGGUGGACUCACGUCGACAUGCCCGGAGCCACAACCGAUACCACGUGGUCCAAGGAAGAGGACUUGGCCAUCAUGGUGCAGGCCGAUGAACGGGGCGCCAGAGAGUGGGUCAAGAUCGCAGAGGAGGUGCGCAAGGUCAACGGGGGCCUGAAGCAACGGUCGGCCAUCAACUGUCUCAGGAGAUACCAGGCCACCCUCAACACCAAGCUCGUGAAUUGGAACAGGUGGAGCCCAGAAGAGGACGAACUGCUGCACGAUGCCAUCAAGCGUCACGGCUGCAAGGCGUGGCUUAGUGUGGCGCGAGACGUGCCGGGAAGGAGCACGCUCCAGUGCCACAACCGUUUCCUCAAGAGCGGUCUUCAGUGGCUUACCGCGUCGGCGGCCCCCCGGCCGCCGCCGACGCCGCAUCACCACCACCACCAGCCGAAGCCGGCACCUACCACCGGCCACGCCGACACCGCAGGCGGGGACGACGAAACGCCUCCCCAAGGCGGCUUCGCCAAAGAGGGGGAGGAGGAGGAGGAGGAGGAGAAGGAGGAGGAGGAGGAGAGCAACGAAGAAGAUGAAGAAGUAGACGACGACGACGACGACGACGACGACGACGACGACGAAGAUUUCGUGCCGCCGGGCGGAGGCGGGGGCGGCGGCGGAGUCCGCUCGCGAGGGCACCACCCUAACGCCUCCCCGGCGGCCAGGCACCGGGACCACCAUCACCACCGGCCCCCCGACCACCCCAACUCACGAACGAAUCGGAGCUGGGGCACCUGGACGCUGGAAGAGGAGCGCCACCUCUGCCUCGCGGUGCGCGCGCUCAUGCCGAGGGAGAGGCGGAUGGGGGCCCCGCCGUUCGGGGAGGGCGACGGAAGGGGGGGGGCUACCGCUGCUGCUGCUGCUGCUGCUGCGGGGAAGAGCGGCGAAGGGAGGAAGAGGCGGCGAGAUUGUGACGGUGACGAGCCUAGGCCGUCAGGGGGCGGGGGGAGGGCACCGGAGACGCGAACGCGACGGGGACGCCCUCGAAAGAACAGCCGCAGCAGCAGCAGCAGCAGCAGCAAGCCGAACUUGCUGGAUUGCCUCCAGGAGGUGAACUGGCAGGAGGUGGCGAGGCUCAUGUCAAACGGAAGGAGCGACAAGCAGUGCCGGCUCAAGUGGUUCGAGGCGAUCGACCCUUCCGUGAACCGCCGGAGGGAGUGGGACGCGGAGGAGGACGAGCGGCUGCGAAAGGCGGUGGAGGCUAGGGGGAUGGGGGAGUGGAGGGCCAUAGAGAUGGACAUGGCGAACUGGGCGCAGAAGCGGGGCGUGCUGAGGCGCACCGACCACUCAUGCCGGAGGAGGUACAUCGUCAUCGAGCCGGAGAAGUACGAGAAACACUUGAGGCUGCUUCUUUUCCGGCACAUGCAAGAAGCCCACCACCGCUCCCUUGGCACCCGUCUUCCCAACAUUCGCGCGCGCUUGCGCCGUCGCUUUUCCUUUAUUUCCGAUCGCUUUGUUUCUUCGAUGCCGACCGAAAACUCCUCCUUGUUCCAGUACGUUCAAGACCGACGGGAGGUAGAGCCCAGGCUAAACGCCCCCUGCUUCGCCGCCCACGGCUUCGGCAAGACCGAGGUCACCCUGAAGGACUUCGACCUUGUCGACGACGAGCUCAGCGGAAGCAAUCAUGAUGGCGGCGGCGGCGACGACGGCGACGACAAGUGGUAG